UACAAGGAAAAAUGAUAACUAUUUUAAACGAAAUUUAUUUAUAGAUUGCAGUAAAAGUAAAAAAACUUCAGACGGGUCGAAAGUACACUAUUAAAGGAUAUAAAUUUACGGUUGCGAUAAUUUAUUCAAAAAUGCCUUCAAAUUGUAAGAGUACAAGUUUUUUGUGCGAUUUAAGUUUAAAUUUUUCAAGUCUAAAAGUAAUUUCAGGAAAUGGAAAUAGUUUUGUUUUAUCAGGAGUAGACAAUUCAUUGCUUAAUGGAACUAAUAAUGUUAAUGCGGCAGUGGCCCUCAAAAGACUACCACUUGUAGGAAAAGGUCAUUGUCGUGUUGCUUUAAGAGAACUGCGUGUUUUAAAACGAUUGUCUCACGAGAAUAUAAUAAAAACUAUGAAAAUAAUUGACUCAAGUGGAAACACUAUUGAUCCUAACACGGAAUCUUUUAAUGGAAUAGACAAUGUUUAUGUAGUUGAAGAGCUUUUAGACUCCGACUUGCAAAGAAUUAUUGAAAGAAAUGGAAAACUAUCGCUUGAAACAUGUAAAAUAUUUUUGUAUCAAUUAUUGCGUGGUUUAAAAUAUAUUCACUCUGCAAACGUUGUUCAUAGGGAUAUCAAACCAGGAAACUUAUUUGUUAAAACGGAUGAUUUAACUCUGAAAGUUGGCGACUAUGGUUUAGCGCGAGUUUUUGACUACAGGUAUACUCAUAAGGGGUAUCUUACUGCUCUAGUUUCAACAAGAUAUUAUCGCGCCCCUGAAGUUAUUCUUAAAACAGGGGAUUACUCUUAUCCAAUAGACAUUUGGAGUGCUGGCUGCGUGUUCGGAGAAAUGUUACUAGGAAAGGUAUUGUUUCCUGGAGAAAAUGACCUAGAUCAAAUAGACUGUAUCUGUCGAGUGUUUGGAUUAAAAGUAGAGAAUAUUUUCGAUCAUGUUUCUAUGUUUCCAGAGCAUCUUUUUAGAGGAAUUUCAUCUGAUGCCAUUGAUUUGUUAAGUAAAAUGAUCUGUAUCGAUCCAGAUCGUCGAAUAUCAGCUGAACAAGCUUUAUGCCAUCCAUUUUUUGCUGAUUUACAUGAUCCAUUAGAUGAACCUAUUUGUAUGCAGCCGUUUUACGUUGAACAUGAGAUUGAUAAUUUACCAAUAAAAGAAUUGAAAGGAAAAAUACUUGAAGAUUCAUUCAUUAGUCAUUGUGAAAAUAAAACUUUUUCAAGUGAGAACUUGUUUAAAAACUUUGAAGAAACUUUUAUUUUUGAUGAUUUUAAGAACAAAGUUGUUUCCAUUCUGGACGAUUCAAAUAUAAGUAAAGAACAUACUUGUAGUUCUUUGAAAACAAAAGACUGUAUUCCAAAUAUUAAUGAUGUUGUUUCAAGAGAGACACUGCUAGAUGAACCGCAGCUUGAUCCGGGCAUCUGUAAAAUAAAAUUUCAUGAACCAAAUGACUGUGUAGUUACCAAACAAAACCUAAAUUCUUUAGAUAGUAUUUCUCAGCAAUCUUCAUAUUAUUCAAGUUUUUCUCCAGUUAUUGAUGUAAAUGUUUAUAAAACGUGUCAUUUUUUAGCUAAGCAUACAGGUAUAUGCAUUAAUAAUAAGCAAACAAGCUCUGGUGAAAGUUUAAAUGACAAAAUAAUUACUAAGUUAUGCGAAGAAAGAAAGUUUGGUGUGGAAGAAAUGAUUUCGAAAGGAAAAUUAUCAACUUUACCUUGCACGACAUGGCAAUCUGUCUGUUUUUCUAUUUAAAAUGUUUAUAUAUAUUUUUACUUUUAUAGGUUUAUAAA